GCCCUCCCCCCUUGCAGGAGCCGCUUUUUUGUCUCUCCGGCUUGCCUGGCUGGGAGGGAAUCUGAGACAAGCUGAAAGACCGUUGGAACAAUAUUCAAGGGCAGACCAUGCCUCCUCCUGGAUUUCUCUUCCUGCAUCAGAGAGCGUCCCUUGGCCCCCUGGUGGCGAGCCCUGAGCUCCCUGCAAAGGCUUGAGUGCAGAAUCCGAACCCUGCACCUUUGGCAGUUGGACAGGCAGCAGCAAAAAGACGUCCUUGAUGGCUUUUCUGCCGUCUCCCCCGUGUGGUGAGGAAGAAAGACCAGCCAUGCAGGCAGCCCAGGGUCAGGUGACCUUCGAAGAGGUGGCCGUGUAUUUCUCCAAGGGGGAGUGGAGCCUGCUGAGCCCAGCCCAGAGAGCCCUGUACAAGGAAGUCAUGCUGGAGAAUUUUGGGAACGUGGCCUCUCUGGGUUCUGUGAAUGGCACACCUGGCCUCAUAUCUUGGCUGGAGGAAGACAAGCAGCUGAUUUUCCCUGGGUGUGAUGAAGUGGCAGGAUUGACAGGAGGCAUAUGGGAGUCAGCGAAUGAAACAUCUGAGCGUGGAGUGAUGGAGAAUGGAGUCACCUAUUCAGAUCUGAAAGAGGGAGAUGAACAUUGGGAUGCACUGAGGACAGAGAUGGGAAAACGCCCUCCUGCAGGAAUGCAUAAUUCUGGUCUUUUAUGGGGUGAUGGCUUGCAUGAAGAGAGGAGAAAUGGGUGCCCAGCAAGUGGGGAGGAAUCUCCUGAAAAAUCAGAUAAAAAUGUGAAUCAGAAAAUCCAUAACAGCAAGAAAAAGAACAAACCAUAUAAAUGCCUGGAGUGUGGAAAAUGUUUCAGUCAUUCUUCACAUCAAAGAAUUCACACAGGGGAGAAACCAUAUAAUUGUCUGGAAUGUGGGAAAAGCUUCAGUGAGAGUAAAAGCCUUACUUGCCAUCAAAGAAUUCACACAGGGGAGAAACCAUACAAAUGUCUAGAGUGUGGGAAAAGCUUCAAUCAGAGUGCAACCCUUUUUUCCCACCAAAGAAUUCACACAGGGGAGAAACCAUAUAAAUGCCUUAACUGUGGAAAAAACUUCAGUAACAGGGGAAACCUUAAUAAACAUCAAAGUAUUCAUACAGGGGAGAAACCAUACAAAUGUCUGGAAUGUGGAAAAAGCUUCAGUUACAGUGGAAUACUUACUUCCCAUAGAAGAAUUCACACAGGGGAGAAGCCAUAUAAAUGUUUGGACUGUGAAAAGAGCUUCAGUCAGAGGGGACACCUUACUUCCCAUAGACGAACUCACACAGGGGAGAAACCAUAUAAAUGCCUGGAGUGUGGAAAAAGCUUCAGUCAGAAUGGAAUACUUAUUGUCCAUAGAAGAAUUCAUACAGGGGAGAAGCCAUAUAAAUGCCUGGAGUGUGGAAGAAGCUUCAGUGAGAGUGGAAACCUUACGGUCCAUCAAAGAAUUCACACAAGGAAGAAGCCGUAGAAAUGACUGGAGUGUGGAAAAUGCCUCAGUCAGAGUGAAACCUUUUAUUCCCAUGAAAUAAUUCACACGGAGGAGAAACCGCAGGAAUCCUUGCAAUAUGGAUUUGAUAUCAAAUUGCCUUACAAAAGUAGAAAUAUAGAUAAGCAAGAGAGUAUCGCGAUAUCAAAAGCUACAGCACCAGGAACAAUUUGCAAAAUCUUAUUCAAUAUGUCAUAAACAACUAAUAAACAUAAUUCACAUAAUCAUGUA